AUGUCCAUCAACGACAUUUCGGACAUGACAGCGAUAACCCCCGCCGGAUAUGCAGAGUUGAUCAAAACUCAUCUUCCCCCACUAUCAUUUCCCCCGUCUUGUGAUCCGAGCGGUUCCCAUCAAUACUAUUUCAUACAUGGCGACGCCCCCGAUCCAAAUCAUAAUUCUCUUCUAUCACAAAGUUCCAGCCUGCGAUCUCUGCUCGAUGAUCAAGACCCCGCCGUGCCUGCUGAUAGUGACAAUCUAGUUGUCGAACUCAAAUGCCAACUUAUGGAACUACAACAUACAGUAGCGAGUCUCCGAGCAGAUUUACUUAGGGUUACGAGUGAGAAAACAUCAUUACUCUCAACCUGCCAAGCAUUACAGAACAUUAUUGUGAAUAUACGAAGCUCUGCAAGCUCUGUCGCAUCGAGCUCAUCAGCCUCACCCCCUUCCGACACAUCAAAUACCACAGACGAACGCAAGCCAUCUUGCCUACUGGACAGAAUGAUUGAAGAGGAGUGCGAUCGCGAACUUGAUCCGGCAGACUAUCGAUCGGUGAACUCCUGGACGAAAAAGGAUUGGCAGGAACACUUCCCAACGAGCUCGUCCGCUGUACCUGGAUCUUCUUCGAAGAAAUCAGCACGUGGUUCCAAGCGUAUGGCGCAAGGUAUCAAUGUAUCUUGUACUUACCUCCAGGACGAGAAUGGCAUACCUGUGUCAGCUCAGCGCGCAAAGCUACAUACCCAAGGACUUGCACCAGAAUCGAUCGGGCAAGCUUCACUCGACGUCAUCAAGUGGCUGGUUCACAUGUUGCGGAAGGAAUACCUGGAGCUUCGUUUGUGCGCCGACAACUGGAAAACCACGAGGCUCAUGAUCGAUAACUAUUCCCAAUGGUACAACUACCACAUCAAGAAAAAGGGUGGCAAGCGUGUGAAGGCCGAGUCUGAAGACAUGGGCCUAGAGGAAGAGACUGCCUCCGAAACGAUCCCGAUCAUUAAAAAAAGAAGAUUGUCUGACUCUGACGAGAACCACACCGCAAAGCGCCCACACGUAGAUUCGUCAUCAGAGGAUAUACUAGCAUCACCCCCUUCAAUAUCAACCGAAGAAUUAGUGUCACCCCCUUCGCCAUCACACGAUGGCACUACACCCAACCGUGAGCCAACCCCUCCACCACGAAUGGACAAAGGCAAAGAGAAGGAAGUUGUUGCUGUCGAGGUCAAAAACCCUCUCUCUAAUCUUGUCCUCAAACCUCGACCCACACCCGUUUCACAGAAACCCCCUUCACCUUCUAUUGUUUCCUCAAGUUCAGGAUCCAACCCUGCUGUAGUGCCGCCCUCCACCAACAUCACGCCAAUCUCCAGGCCAGAGAUCUCAUCGAGUUCCGAUUCAGCUUCCCUUGCUGUAAAAAUGGAACUCGUUGGAGUGACCCACGCCGAACAAACGAAACCCACGAUCAACUCAAAGCCUGAUGCCAUCAAGAAGCGACAGCCAAGUACCAAGCCGAUGCGUGUGAGCCCCAAGAUCACGGCGCGGAAUCUUUGCGCCCUCGAGUGGCAAUCAAACGGCAAUCAAAAGGAACCAGCGAGCGUCUUUGCGACUUACUGGAAUGGUUAUACAAGCGCAAAGUAUCUGUUCAGGUGGCUUCCUCAGGACUGGUUCAAGUGGACGACAACCACGAUGACUAGAGGGCAUAUGGCGGGAUGGCGGGAUGGCGGGAUGGCGGGCGGGAUAGCGGACGAGGCGCAGCGAGCAGCGAUACCCUACUCACCUAAUGAUAGCGAUACCUAUAGAUAA